UUCGUUAGUUCCCAGACUACAUCUAUCAGAUACUUGACAGAGGCCUGGAGCGAUAAACAAAUUAAACAUGGCGGAUGAAGUUGACAGAAGACCGCUAUGACAGGAAGAGUUGUUCUCACACGAUGGAUCAUCCUUGUUCUCCUUUUAGUGAUCUCUGUCACGUUUAUGUUCUUGCAAAUCUUAUCUCUUAAAGCAAUUGAUAACACGUUGAUUUCUAGAUUUCGAGUUUUAGAGAGCCUUCGAGGUUUGCUCCCGUAUCGAAACCAAAGGAACGUUGCGUUGAAAUAUUUAAGGGCAUUUACAGAAGUGGGCAAGAAGCACAGUGUUCCAGUAUUUCUGUUUCAUCCACUGGUGUUUGCCUCACCAAAAACAGACUUUGAUCAAGUUGCUGAUCAAGGAGAUAGGUGCGAAGUUUUUUGUGAAAAUCAGCACAUCAUAUUUGGUGUUAUAAAUUUCGAAUGGCAGAAAGAACAAAGACAUUCACUGUCAGUGCUGAUAACCCAGUUUAGAACAGAUCUUCAAAUACAAGGUUUCCUUAUGGUAUGUCACAAGGUUCAAGAGCCUUGGUUUGAUUCAAGCAAAGAUUUCAUGGAUAUCAAGUUUAUAGUAUCAACAUGUAGCAUUUCCCAGGCUGAUACAGUUAUAGAGCUGGUGAUAUUUUAUGACAGGACAUCAUAUUUAUGGCAUGGACCUCUUCAGGGAGAUAUUGCAAGUGAAUUUGUGAAAUAUUCUGCAGCAUAUAACAGGUUCGCCAUCGAGGAAAAUCUUGUUGAUGGAAUACGUGUCAAUGUUCCAGCAGAUCCAGAGAAGCUAGCGUUAGAGACAAAUCAGUCGCGAUUUACAGGUUGUAAUCUUACAAAUAUUCAGCGUUACUACAGUAAAUAUGGAAGAGACAUUUCUUCAGAUGCCAUACUUUUUAAGAAGAAGGCGUUAGAGGUUCUGUCUGCAGCUAUUAAUGCUCUGCAUCGAGUGGGAGUUAGGUUCUGGCUCAGCAGUGGGACUUGUCUAGGUUGGUUCAGGCAAUGCGACAUUAUACCACACAGUAAAGAUGUUGACAUUGGUAUCUGGAUAAAGGACUAUAAUCCGCUUCUUUCAUCGGAAUUUGAGAAAGCUGGGCUUCUUUUAAAACAUAAAUUUGGCCGAAUAGAAGACAGCUUUGAGUUGUCCUUCAGAACUAAAGAGGAUUACGUUAAGUUAGAUAUCUUCUUUUUCUAUGAAGAGGAGGAUUACAUGUGGAAUGGUGGAACACAGGCCAAAUCGGGCAAAAAGUUCAAGUAUAUCUUUCCAAAAUUCACUCUUUGUUGGACGGAGUUUCUGGGAUUGAAAGUGCGCAUCCCUUGUGAAACCGAGUCUUAUGUUAUGGCAAACUACGGGAUGGAUUGGCACGUGCCAAUCAAAGAAUGGAACUGGAAGAAAAGCCCGCCAAAUGUGCGUGAGAAUGGUCAGUGGGACGAGAAGGACUGGGGUGAAGUAGUACAGCUCUUCUGAGCCUUCGGCUGGUGAAUUGUGGGCUCAUAUAUUUUGUGUCAAUGAACUUUUUUAAAAAAUAAUAAUGAUGAUAAGACUUAUUUAUAAUAAAGUAAACACAAAACGAUA